AUGGUAUUUUCGAGAAUCCACACAGGGGAGCGGCCCUAUAAAUGCCAUGACUGUGGAAAAUGCUUCACUGUAAGAUCAGCACUUUCUGAUCAUCAGAGAAUUCACACAGGAGAGAGGCCCUAUGAAUGCAGUGAGUGUGGGAAGAACUUCACUCGCAGCUCAAACCUUAUUGCCCAUCAAAGAAUCCACACAGGGGAGCGGCCCUAUAAAUGCUGUGAGUGUGGGAAAACCUUCUAUUGCCACUCAAAGCUUAUUGCCCAUCAAAGAAUCCACACAGAGGAGUGGCCCUAUAAAUGCAGUGAGUGUGGGAAAUACUUCACUGAGAGCUCAGCCCUUUCUGCACAUCAGAGAAUCCACAUGGGGAAGACGCCCUUUGAAUGCCAUGAGUGUGGGAAAAUCUUCAGUCGCAGCUCGCACCUUAUUAGACAUCAGACAGUCCACACAGGGGAGAGGCCCUAUGAAUGCAGUGAGUGUGGGAAAACUUUCAGUUUCAGCUCACAUCUUAUUAGGCAUCAGACAGUCCACACAGCGGAGAGCCCCUAUGAAUGCAGUGAGUGUGGGAAAACCUUCAAUCGCAGCUUGCACCUUAUUAGGCAUCAGAGAUUCCACACAGGGGAGAGCCCCUUUGAAUGCAGUGAGUGUGGGAAAACCUUCAGUUGCAGCUGGAACCUUAUUAGGCAUCAGAAAAUCCACACAAGGGAGAGGCCCUAUGAAUGCAGUGAGUGUGGGAAAAGCUUCAAUAGCAGCUCAGACCUUUCUCAACAUCAGAGAAUCCACACCGGGGAGAGGCCCUAUGAAUGCUGUGAUGAGUGUGGGAAAAGCUUUAUUACCAGCUCAGACCUUUCUAAACAUCAGAGAAUCCACACAGGGAAGAGGCCCUAUGAAUGUCAUGAGUGUGGGAAAAGCUUCUCUAGCAGCUCAGCCCUUUCUCAACAUCAGAGAAUCCACACAGGGGAGAGGCCCUAUGAAUGCCGUGAGUGUGGGAAAAGCUUCAAUAGCAGCUCAGCCCUUUCUAUUCAUCAGAGAAUCCACACAGGGGAGAGGCCCUAUGAAUGCCAUGAGUGUGGGAAAAGCUUCACUAGGAGCUCAGCCCUUUGUCAGCAUCAGAGAAUCCACACAGGGGAGAGGCCCUAUGAAUGCCGUGAGUGUGGGAAAACCUUCAGUCGGAGUUCAGGCCUUUCUAAACAUCAGAGAAUCCACACAGGGGAGAGGCUCUUUGAUUGCAGUGAGUGUGGGAAAACCUUCACUUGCAGCUCAGCCAUUUCUGUUCAUCAGAGAAUCCACACAGGGGAGAGGCUCUUUGAUUGCAGUGAGUGUGGGAAAACCUUCACUUACAGAUCAGUCCUUUCUCAACAUCAGAGAAUCCACACAGGGGAGAGGCCCUAUGAAUGCCGUGAGUGUGGGAAAAGCUUCAUUAGCAGUUCAGGACUUUCUAAACAUCAGAGAAUCCACACAGGGGAGAGGCCCUUUUAUUGCAGUGAGUGUGGAAAAACCUUCACUUGCAGCUCAGCCUUUUCUGUUCAUCAGAGAAUCCACACAGGGGAGAGGCCCUAUGAAUGCCGUGAGUGUGGGAAAAGCUUCACUAGCAGCUCAGCCUUUUCUGUUCAUCAGAGAAUCCACACAGGGGAGAGGCCCUAUGAAUGUCAUGAGUGUGGGAAAAGCUUUAUUACCAGCUCAGACCUUUCUAAACAUCAGAUAAUCCACACAGGGAAGAGGCCCUAUGAAUGUCAUGAGUGUGGGAAAAGCUUCUCUAGCAGCUCAGGCCUUUCUAAACAUCACAAAAUCCACACCGGUGAGAGACCUUAU